AUGAGAAUAAGAUGUGAAGGAGAAGCGACCAAUGAAGUGUCUAAAGUGCUGCUUAAUAAGGAAAUACGGUUUGACGUUUGCCGUACCACCUCAGGUGUCGCACGAAUUGCAAAAAGUGGUCUAGCAACCAAUACUGGUGCAAAUGGAAAGAUUGAUCAAUGUAAGGCUUGA